UUUACGUCUGCCACUAUAAUAAUAUAUCUUUCGUUUCGAAACAAUUUACUAGUGCUCGUGCUGCUCCCAUGUCAACAGAGGAGGUGAUGCUGAGUAGCUGGAGCUGGCCUAUUGGUCUUGUGUCAGCUAGUCUCUGGCUAUGAAUUUCACAAUGUCUUUCACAACAACCACAGCUGACAGUCGCUUUAUUCCACUUGUUGAAGCUAACAAGACAGUCUCUUUUGAAAAUGAUACCAUUGAUGUGUAUCGGAAGGGAUGUUUUGGAGAGUUCAACACUGUCGCUUGUAUUCGAAAUGGUGUGUUGGGUGCCCUUGCCUCCAUUACUGCUUUAUUGUGUUUGUUAAAAAUCUUGCGACUGCAUUGGGUGCACCAUACUACUUGGCACCAAUAUGUCAUCUUUUAUGGAGCAUUCGCUGAGUGUGUUAUUGGGUCUGUACAUUGGGUAAUGGGACGCCUUCUACAAUUAGAUUUUGUGCUUCAGUAUCUUCAGUUAGUGCAGUUUCUUGUACUAUGCCAUUGGUACUGGGCCUUAGCUAGUCGUGCUCUACGGAAAGAAACACUUUUAAGAAGAUGCCUUGUUCCACUUCUUGCACUGUUGGGCAUCUAUUUCACAGUCAUUGCUAUAUUAGGUAUCAUCCAUAUUCAACCUUCCUGGACUGAAUGCAUGCAACCCUACUGGCUGGAACUAUCUGUAGUCACAGUACUGUUUGUCCAGCUACUUGUAGUUUCUGGUAUUUUCAUCACACGCAGAUUAAAUGAAAUCAGCACUUUGGAUUCAUUAAGGUGGUCACAGAAAAGAGACCUCUGGUGUUUAAUUGCAGUUUUUGAAACUUCUGCUUGUGUUACACUGUUUUAUGACUUGGCUGUUCAGAUCUUGGGUGACAACCAAUCUGGAUGCAGUGGUGUGUUUGUAAGUAAAAAGAAUUUUGAAUUUAUUGUUUAUAAUGCCUGUAAUCAACUUUUUUCCCCUUUUCUUUUAACCAGGAAGCAUAAUAAUAAACUGUUUACUUAGCAUUUCUUGUUAUGC